UUCAGGUGAUCCACCCGCCUCGGUCUCCCAAAGUGCUAGGAUUACAAGUGUGAGUCACCGUGCCCAGUCUUGAUGGUUAAAUUAAUCCAGUAUUUAUUAAGAACAUCCUGAAUGCCCUGCAUGUUCCAAGAGCUGAGGAAUACAGCAGCAACUCUGAGGUAACGAUGUAAAGCACAAUUGAAGUAGACACGGAAAGUACUAAGAACAGGUUGGUUCCUGUUAUAUAAUCCUGCUCACACUGCUUCCUAGCUGAGGUGCUACAAACCCUGACCCUGGGAAGGGGCCCAACACCCCUUCCCUUCCCUCCUAACACUGUGGGUCAGAAGACAGAGGGCAGUGAAAAAAGAUUCCCAUUCCAAGGACCCACUGCCCACUGGGUUCUGAAUCAUAUGCAAGAAAUGGGUGGGCAUUUCAGAAGAGCUUUUCAUCCCUUUCUCCCUCCCCACUGCACUGAGCAGCAGCCUGUUCUGAGCAAAUGCCCAGAGCACCCUCCUUUAGCCUAGGAGGCGGCUGGUCUCAGAGUCAGAUUGUGGCCUGUGCCUGGAGGAUGGACACGGAUCUUUGGAACGUACAUGGUGUCCAGGUCCCUUCCAUGGGCAGAGCCUUUUGUAGAUUGUAGACUAAUUUCAUAACCAAGUGUUCCAAUGCAGGAGGCUGGGAGAGCAGUGGCUCUCCCAGUCGGUGGCCAGAGGUCCAGCUGUGAAGUGCGGGAACUGUGGUAAGCACCUUGCCAAUGCUGUUGUCUCACGGAGCCCACACACAGUCCUGCUGCUCACGGACAAGGAGAUUGAGGCCCAGAGAGGCAAGGUGUUGCCCCAGGGUCACACAGUCAGCCAGAAACUGGCUCGGGGUCAGUGCAUAGUCAUCUGAUGCCCAAGCCUGGUGCUGUUUACCCACAGCACUCGCUGCCUUCCAGCUGUGGAAGGCGCCCAGAGUUGGGAUGUGUGGGGGGUCUGAGGUUAGCCACACGGUAGAUUUGUAUCAAGCCAGGGCGAGCACUGGGUCUCCUGACUCUGGAUCCACGGUGCUUUCCGCUGCCUGUCCCACAUCUGCGGGCAAUUAUAAGUCCCAGCUCUUCUUCCCACAGAGGAGGGGGGCUGCUGAUAACUGCUGUCUGGGAGGAGGGUGCUGACCAGAUGGUCUCCUUCCUCUCUCAGGACUAAGCCAGGGCCUGGGCAGACCUUGGAGCAGUCAGACCUGAGGCUGCACUUUCUGCUGGAGAAGGUGCUGAAGCCAGGAGCAGGCUCUGCAGGAGGUCAGAGAUUCUUCCCUCUGACUAGGAGCUUCCCGGAGAGCACGAGGCCCGGCAAAUUAUGUCCUGAUCCCGAAACAUCUGCCCAGCCCUGAGACGAUACCUACCAGCCCCCAGCUAAUAUGGUGACCCAAGAGACAGACGGGUUGAACAGAUAAGACCCUGAUUCUGACCUUCUUCGGGGGACCACACAUCCCUGCACAAUGAGAGGAACCCAGGAAAUGUGGGCCCAUCCAAUCCCACAGGGUGCUUCUGCACAGUUCCCUGGCACAAAGCCCUUGUGGGGAGGGACCCCACCUGACUUCCUGUCCUUCAUGCAUUCUUCCCCAAAUCCCUCAGCCUUGCCCCCACUCCCAGUUCACUGACACCCCCUCAAGUGUUCCCAUCCCCCACUCCCCCUUAGGUAACUAUGAAAUGUUUGCCAGUCCUUAAUAUGGGGUGGAGGAACAUGUGAUGCAUUUAAAAUCCCAAGGGGGCUCCAGCCAUAAUAAAUGGAUCAGGGCUUUUGGAUCCCGAUUCACACAAACCAACUGCUAAAAAGACAUUUUUGAAUCAAUUGGAGUACUCUGAAUACGAACUGUGUGUUAGGUAAUACCCAGGAAUUUGUGUUAAUUUUGCUAGAUGUGAUAAUGGCAUAUUAUGUAAGAAAAUGUCCAUGUAUUUUAGAGAUGCGUGCUGAAGUAUGUAGGGGUAAAAUGACAUGACGUCUGGAAUUUGUUUUAAAAUACUUCAGAAAAGCGGGGAGUAGAUGAAAUAAGUGUGACAAAACCUUAAUAGUUGUUGAAGCGGGGUGAUGGGUACACAGCAGUUCAUUAUACAAUUCUACUUUUGUGUAUGCUUGAAACUUCUCAAUUAAAAAAAGAGGGUAGAGGGUCAUCAAGAUAAUUUGCUAAAAGUUUCCUGCAAUGUCCCCAGAAGACCCCCCCCAACAGACACACACACACACACACACACACACACAGCCUUUUGAGAACUUUCUCUAGAAGGCCAACCUAGGCAGUCCCCCAACUGUAAAGAAGACUCGUGUAUGUAUGUGCAUAUGUGCUUUUCCCCAGGGAAAAACAUCCACAGCUUCCAUGACGAGAGGGGUCGUGACCCCUCCCCGCCGAAAGAUUAAGGACCUGCGAUCCUACAGACCGGAGCCCUGUUUGAAGUCUGCGUUUCCCCUCACCUCAAGUUGGUCACUGUGUGAAGCUGGCCAAGAAUCCCCUGGCCCCUGGGUGCCUGUUCCUCCACCUGUAAAAUGGGGCUGCAGGGCCGUCCACGCGGCCACUGGAAGGACAAGGUGUUCAGGCCGCUAGGCCGCCCCCUGGCAAGUGAUUUCCACUCGCAGCGCGGCCUCCACCCUCGCCCAAGACGCGCCCUCCGCGCCCCCACCCCCUCCAGGCCUUGGCCAGUCCACCUCCCGCUUGGGGCGGCAAUUUGUCUCCUUUUGAACCCCCCGCCCCCGACGGGUUUCCCCCUUUGAUUCGCGGCCCGGAGGCUUCCCCCCGCUUUGAAAUGCAAACCCGCCUCGGCUGGGGCCGCGGGCGGCCCGGAGCUAUAAAAGGCCUGGGUGGGGCGGGCGCGGCGGCAGGACAGGCGAGUUCAGGUGAGCGGUUGCUUGUCGUCGGGGCGGCCGGCAGCGGCGGCUCCAGGGCCCAGCAUGCGCGGGGGGCCCCGCGGCCACCAUGUAUGUGGGCUAUGUGCUGGACAAGGAUUCGCCCGUGUACCCUGGCCCCGCCAGGCCCGCCAGCCUGGGCUUGGGCCCGCAAGCCUACGGCCCCCCGGCCCCGCCCCCGGCGCCCCCGCAGUACCCCGACUUCCCCAGCUACUCUCACUUGGAGCCGGCCCCCGCGCCCCCGACGGCCUGGGGGGCGCCCUUCCCUGCGCCCAAAGACGACUGGGCCGCCGCCUACGGCCCGGGCCCCGCGGCCCCUGCCGCCAGCCCAGCUCCGCUGGCAUUCGGGCCCCCUCCGGACUUUAGCCCGGUGCCUGCGCCCCCUGGGCCCGGCCCGGGCCUCCUGGCGCAGCCCCUCGUGGGCCCGGGCACACCGUCCUCGCCCGGAGCGCAGAGGCGGACGCCCUACGAGUGGAUGCGGCGCAGCGUGGCGGCCGGAGGCGGCAGUGGCAGCGGUAAGACUCGGACCAAGGACAAGUACCGCGUGGUCUACACUGACCACCAACGCCUGGAGCUGGAGAAGGAGUUUCAUUACAGCCGUUACAUCACAAUCCGGCGGAAAUCAGAGCUGGCUGCCAAUCUGGGGCUCACUGAACGGCAGGUGAAGAUCUGGUUCCAAAACCGGCGGGCAAAGGAGCGCAAAGUGAACAAGAAGAAACAGCAGCAGCAACAGCCCCCACAGCCACCAACAGCCCACGAUAUUACUGCCACCCCAGCCGGGCCGUCCCUGGGGGGCCUGUGCCCCAGCAACACUAGCCUCCUGGCCACCUCCUCCCCAAUGCCUGUCAAAGAGGAGUUUCUGCCAUAGCCCUAUGCCCAGCCUGUGCGCCGGGAGACCUGGGGACUUGGGGGCUGGGAGUGUGGUUCCUGUGGGCCCAGGAGGUCUGGGCUGAGUCAGCUCUGACGUUCUGGGACAUGGUGGACAGUCACCUAUCCACCCUCUGCAUCCCCUUGGCCCAUCUGUACAGUAAGCCUGUUGGAUAAAGACCUUCCAGCUCCUGUGUUCUAGACCUCUGAGGGAUAAGAGAGUCCAGGGUGGAUGAUCUCAACCGCCCAUGGGCAUCUCAAGCCCCAAAUUGUUGGGGGAGGGGCCUAGACAAGGCUUCAGGCCCUACCUCCUCCUCCAUAUGUUCAGAGGUGCAGCUGGAGGCUCCUGUGGGGACCAGACUGAUCCUGGAGAAAAGGGAUGGAGCUAAAAAAGACGAAUGCUUGCAGAGCAUGACCUGAGGAGGGAGGAAUGUGGUCACCUCACACCUGCCUCUUCCUGCAGCCUCACCUCUACCUGCCCCCAUCAUAAGGGCGCUGAGCCCUCCCCAGGCUGGAUGCUAAGCACAAAACCCAUAGCACUGGGCUCUGAUGACUGCUCCAUUGGGUUGCAGAAUCACAACCUUCAUGAUCAUUCUUAGUGAGGCCUCUGGAUUGAGAAGGAGGCCCUGGGAGGAAAGAAGGGGGCAGAGUCUACCCUACCUGGUUUCUACACCCCCACCAGGCUGCCCAUCAGGGCCCAGGGAGCCCCCAGAGGACUUUUUCCAGACCAAGCAGAGCUCACAGCUGGACAGGUGUUGUAUAUAGAGUGGAAUCUCUUGGAUGCAGCUUCAAGAAUAAAUUUUUCUUCUCUUUUCAAAAA